AGUGGUCAUACAGCGGAAAAAUGCAAGUUCCGUUCUGUUAAAUGCUUCACUUGUAAGAGGCAAGGGCGCCUAGCCCGUGUGUGCCAGCAGCACCAGAGUCGGCAAAACAAAGUUUUCCACUGUGAAAGCCAGUGGUCUGAUAAUGAACACUACGAACAAUUUCUGGUCAACUUGCAAGCGGCAUCGGUGAACAUGGUCCACCCAAUUUAUCGCACCAUGGAAUGGGAUGGCGUGGCUCUCGGAAUGCCAGUAGACACAGGUUCCCCCGUAACAAUCAUCACAUGGCCUACCUACACCAAAUACCUUCACCUUUGGCCUCUGCUCCAGAAGACUACCUUGCAACUUACUUGUUUUCUCGGUCAACUUCCCGUCAAGGGUCAACUCAAUAUCUCGGUGACGUACAGCGGGACCACACUGGAAGCUACCUUGGUGGUGCUGGGGUGCUCUGGGCCGGAUCUGUGCGGGCGGGACGUCAUCAAAGCCUUCGAACAACAGCACGGAAGGCAGGUUCUCGCCGUCGGAAUGAAGGCUGCCCCCGAUACUGAGCACCCCGGAACCACUCGCCAAGUGGGAGACUCUGUUUGGUACAGGAACUACGGGACAGGAGCCAGGUGGAAAGCUGGUGUUGUACAGGCCCCCGAAGGCCACCGCAUGGUAACCAUCAAGGCCGCAGACGGCGAACAUCGUCGCCGGCAUUAUGACCAGCUGAGCGCAAGAGAAACGGACAGCCCGGCACUCGCCGCCGGUGAAGCAGAAGUCAAGCAAGAGCCCGGGGUUCAGGCACCGCAGACGAAAGCUGGAGAAACCGGUGCACCACUGACCUCAAGAGAAGGACCCCAGAGCCUAGGUGCGCCAGACGCGGACAGCCGACCAAAUACGCAUGACAAUGAGGUUGGAAAUGACGUCAGCGGUGCGCAAUCUGAUGGCAAUCAAGAGUUCGAUCCUGGUGAAACUGUUAUGCAGGUCCACCAGAAACCGACGUCCGCCGGAUCGCUACCAGCCUUAAGGGGAAAGAAGGCUGAUGCAUCGUCAUUGGCACAUGUCACUGCCACUGCGCACCUUGUAUACGCAUGCCCUUCAGAGGCUAUAAAAAGCCUCGCUCCCAAUAAACGUUGUUCACUGUUGUACACUCGUGUCUGUACGCUUCAGAAUCCCUCUCUUAUGUCUCUGAAGGCGUUCCUUGGGGAGGACGGCCACGAACCCCACAACUGA